AUGGCGUCGCAACUGCAGACAACCACGCCGGAAUCCAACCGGAGAGGCGACGAUUCAGCCGACGAUUUCGUGGAAGCCGCAUUCUUCCGCCGCCGGUGCUGCUGCUCGUGGACUUUACCUUGCUACGGAAGGCCGAAGACGAAGAAUUGGGAGCGAAUUUCGACAUCGGAGAGCGAGCGCCACGACGACGGCGGAGAGCGGAGUUGGUGGAGCGACGGAGUGGAGGCGUUUAAGAAGGUGAGGGAAUGGUCGGAGCUGGUGGCGGGGCCGAAGUGGAAGACGUUCAUCCGGCGGUUCAACAGGGUGCCGCCGCGGUCGAAGUUGGGGAAAUUCCAGUACGAUCCGUGUAGCUACGCGCUGAAUUUCGACCAAGGACCGGGGCAGAACGGUCAACUCGAGGACGACGGGGUUUUCCGGGACUUUCCGUCGCGGUAUGCGGCGAUUCCGGUGCAGAACAGCCUGUUGUUGAAUGACGGUGCGCCGCUCACGUGA